GGGAAAUCACGUGGGUGCGCACGAACCAUACACACCAUGAAUGGCUAUGGCUUAGUCAUAUACACUACACACAUACACAUACAGGUCCGUACAAGUCAGUCAGUGUCCAGUGGUGGCAUCAGGAUCAAGUGACGUCAAGAUCAAGCCCAUGCAUCUCUCUCAUCUCGACAUCUCCCAUGUCAUCUCUCACACACCGCAAUCGGCACUAGCAUGCAAAUUUCUCUCUCGUCCACUCCCACUCCCCUCCCCCCUCUAUGCUGUGUGCGAAACAUCUCUCUCUCUCUCUGUGUCUCUCUCGGGCAUCAAUGCUUUCGAGUGGAUGAAGAACACGCACACAGCCGGCCUUGCAAGCAAGCCUUCACACAUCUGACCAACCAAAACGACCGGUGAAGUGACACAUUGGUCGUCAUCAUAGAAGAUGAACGAGUCCACGGUGAGGAUGAGCAUCCAACCGUAGCCUUGUGUGCCCACAUGUGUGGUUCUGUGUGGGGGGCGUUGUGUGAGCAGAGUAGCCCAGUCCCAUGCGAUCCUCAAUCCGCCUCUCAUGCCGACAGAGACACGCACACAUGGCAGAUGGACAACUGACUGACUGACUGACCGACUCACCGACCCGACCGACCGAUGGCUAUAUCAGAUGGGUGUGGUGGGUGUGGUGAGUGGGCAUCAUAUCAAUGACAUGCAGCACAUCAUGGGCACAAAUACAUCCCUCUCGCCGCUUGCAGACUUCCCCCGACCCACCAGUGACAGCCCGCCCUCCCCCCCCACCCCAACACACACACACACGCAUCCACACAGCAGACGAGAGUGGGGUAGGCCACUGGGAAAAAACGAUGAACAUAGAAAUCGAUCGGCAUGAAACGUCACUCACUUGCAAAUGGCUGGCUGAGUGAGUGCGACGCACGCAGAAAGCGCGGUCAGCGAGAAUGCGAUGAAUGCGUGCGUGUGUGUAGGUGUGUCAUAGCGAGACACAUGAGACACACAGAAACAAGCAGAAACAAAGCUAGGAGCGAAAACACAGCUGGGUCAAGUCAGAGAGAGAGAGAGAGAGAGAGGGAUGGGAGGGAGAGGGAGGGGGAGGGGGAGAGAAAGGGAGAGAGAGGUUUCUGAGAGUGGAUAAGAUGAAGGCUGUAUGCAAAACAGAAAAACACUGCCCAGCGGAUGAAUGGAAGGAUGAGCGAUGUCACGCUUCGCUUACACACAGGAUGCCCGCGCCACUCACGCCCACACACAUAAAACACACACACACACACCCCAACACAAGGCCGGCCAUCGAUUGUGCGGAAGUAUUCCCGUCCUCCCUCCCUCCCCUCAAGCACACACCCAUAUGUUCCCUUUACACACACGCACUGCAACAAAUACCUAGUGCCGAUCUCUACAGCCUAUCUCCGCUUCGCGUGGGUGCGAUCCUCUACACUCUAUCAAAUAUACCUCCGUGUGUGUGGGUGGGUGGACGGGACGGAUAUGAUGUGUGUGACCACCACCCUCCCUGACCUGACCCCUACCUCUCUCGCUUGUCAAUGUGUGUAUUUUAUGUGUUUGAGUAGAGUACUCUACAGGCGAGUGGGAAAGUCUCGUGUGUCCUGGAUGGAUGGAUGGAUGGCAUGGAUGCGCCAAAAAAAGGAGUCGAGUCUGACUUGACGCACACACCAAGAGGGAGGGCUACGGCUACACUGGUGGGACUGAUUACUGCUCAGACCGGACAGACAGCUAUGGCUCUUUUCUCUUCAAGUGGGGCGGACACACAGACACACACACACACACACAUGAGCUGAGAUAUAUGAGAUGGGGUCGUACAAACACACACACAUACACUUACACACAUAUGCACAUAUCCACACACACAGAGAGAGAGAGAUACACUCAGACAUACAGGAGUGGCGUACAGAGAUCUGUAGUACUCUGAUCUUUCGUUGGUGCGAUAGAGCGAUGGACAGACAGACAGACAGACAACAGACAGACAGAGCGAUAAGAAAGACACAGUCAGCCAGCAGCCAGCCAUUCAUUCAUCCCGCCCCCCUUGCCCCUGUACGCGCCUAUACAGACAGCCCCAGCCAGUCAGUCAGUCAGUCAGCGCACAGACCAGUCAGUCAUAUACAAAGCCGACAUCUACAUACAUAGAAAUGCACCCAUCCACACGCAUACACACCCCCACCCUCACACACCUUUACACACGAGAAACAACAAACCACACCGCACCGCCCCACAUCGGCUGCCGUUGAUGCUGCUGCCUCAGGCUGUAAAAAAAGCAUAUAUACUCACUCAGUCACUCACUGCUAUCUUCCUAAUCCCUGACUUGUUCGUUCCGGCAGCCAUCAGCCAGCCAUCCAUUAUGCGAAAAGAGCGGAAAACACCGCACCGACCCCCCACGCCCCCGACAACCAGACGGACAGGCAGCUCACGCCACCUCUGUUUGUCUCUGUCUGUCAUGAGGAGCCAGGCACGUCGCCCCUCCGAAUGUCCAUGACCUCCACUGUCCUGUCGAUCCUCAGCUCCAUCUCGAUGUCAUAGCAGAUGGGCCUGACCGAACUUGACACCACAUAGUCGUCAUAUUGCCUUCCCGCUGCUGCUGAUGCUGCCGAGGGGGGUAGUGGUGGGCGACCUGCUUCGCCCAGCUCCGACGACGAGGAGCACUGGCUGUCGUCGGUGCUGCUCCCCCGCUCGUCUAGCUCGGUCGCAUGUUCCGCAUCAACGUCGUGGGAGCGGUACUCUCCCUCGGUGUCAGUCGUGAUGGAGAUGUCGAUGUGCGAUGGCGGGGUGCACUUGGUGGGGGUGCUGGUGGCGGUGGUGUUGGGGGCACCACCCUGCUGCUGCUGUGGGUCGAAAGGCCCGACGAGAGAGAGGAGUACGGGCAGCAGGAUGAUGCCGUGCGCAAAACCCAACACCAGCACCUGACAAACAAAUGACAAGACAUCCAAUCCACUGUGUGUGUGUUGGGGGGAAGGGUGUUGGUUGGGUCAGUCGGCUUAGCUUACGAGUGUCAUCAUUCUGAAGAAGACAACGAAGAUGAACGACUCGACGGUGAGGAUGAGCAUCAAACACAGCUGCGUCGACACGGCACCGUGGAACACCGGAUUGCCCAUCAGCACCAACGUCUCAACCAUCCUGCGCACGCACCAGACACCACACACGCACACACACACCACACACAGGGAGAGACAGAGAGAAUGGAUGGAUGUCAUCCCUCUGUCCCCCUCUCUCUCUCUCUCUCUGUUUACCGGUGGUCUCUCGUCUUGCCCACACAGUGUGUGAAGGUGUGGACGAUGUGGGUGGUGUAGUCGACAGAGAAGCCGAUCGAGAUUAUCAGCGUUAUCAUGGUCAGCAUGUUCAGCGUCAGCCCCCACAGAUGCAUAAAGGCAAACAGCCCCAGGUCAAUCAUGACGAUCAUCGAUAUCACCAGCAACGGCGCCUUCCACUCGGCAAUAAGCAGAAUCGACACCGCCACGACAGCCACAAAGCACCAGGCCAGGCUGGUCAGGGUCUCUUGGAAGAUCCGGAGCUCGCUCUCGAGAAACACGAAGCCACGGGUGUAGGCCAGUGGCCGGAGGGGUGACUCGGCAGUGUCUCGCCUGACGCCCUCCAUGAAGGACGAGACCCCCACAGAGGAGUCGUACCACUUUCCCCAUAGCUGAAACCGAUAGCUCGCCAACCCUCCUGCCAGCCAUCCCACACAUACACACACAGAGACGCAUCCACGAAAGGUUCUCUUGAGGUUUAGGGUUUAGGGUUGAGAAACCCUAAACCCUAAGACAUACCAUCAGGGGUGAACUUGAACCCGGGCGCGAACUGGCGGUACAUUGGCGUGUCGAGGAAGCUCGCCAAGCCGGCGGAGAAUGCCGCCAUCGCCUCUGUGUCCUCCAGGCCCUCACCAGGUCUCCGCUCCUCCCGCCCAGCCGGGCAGAGAGACCGCCGCUGCUCAUGCCGAUCAGACGAUGCACUAAACCAUACCAACACACACAACGACACAGUUUCCAUGUGUGUGGGUGUGUGUGGUUUAUCUUAUAGUGACUGACUUGUAUGCGUUGAUAUCGGCGUCUCGUGCGUGUAUGCCGCACUGCAGGUGGGAGUCGAAGCAUCUCGAGCAGCGGAGGUACUCGUACAGGCCGUCCCACAGGACGCCGCUCGAGUAGGGGGCACUCUGCAGCCGACUGUGCAUCGAGAUAAACUCAUCCUAACACACGCACACACACACCGAGAGAGAGGGGGCUGCAGACAUGAGCAGAGAGGGAGGGAGGGAGGGCGGACCUGCACUUGUGGCUUCCACCAUUGGACGUUUUGUGGGAAGAAGACCUCCACCUCUUCGCCAUAGGUCGUGAAGUACUUCUCAGACUCCUGGAAGAAUGUCUGUCGAGAGAGAGAGAGAGAGAGAGAGAGGGAGAGGAGGGAGGGUGUGUGUGUGUGUGGUUGUGUGCGCCCUUGUGGGUACCCGGAGGUAGGAAUCCGUCGGCGUGAGAUACACCAGCCGCAUCCCCGCCCUCAUUUGCAGACAGCCCCACACCGCCACCGCCACAUAGCACGCAAACACCAGCAGCACCAGCCCCUUGCACACCCCACUCCGCAGCGCCCUACCAUAGAACUCCAUGAAGAAGCGCCGCCAGUUCUUGCCCACAGUGCCGCGGGGCUCCUCACACUCGCCGUCUGGCGUGAUGACGUCAUCGAUGGACGUCACAGAUGAUGAUGGGCCGAUCAUCCACUGCUGCGACUUGCUGCUGCUGGGGUGGCUGUGGCUGGGGCUGGGGUGGUUGGUCUUUGUCCUCCUCUCGUGCGCUUCGAGCUGCCGUGCGACAAGCUGGUAGGUGGAGGGGAGGGGGGCGGGGGGGAACGUUGAGGGCGGGACGGAAUCCUGCAGACAGACAGACAGACAGAGGGACGGAGGGAGGGAGACGCCGUGUGUGUGAUGAGUGUGUGUCCUGCCAUGGUGCAGACUGACCUUGCUCGAGGUGGUCGGUGCGUCGGGCGGCGCGUGGCUGUGGCUGUGGCUGUUGACCUUGUGUCUGUGGCUGCGUAUGGGCGUGAUGCGGGGAAUACCGGUGAUCUUGAACGGCAGUAUGUCGGCAUACCCCGCCAGCAGGUGCCGCUGCUUGGCCUCCUCUCGCCGCGCAUCCAGACACAGAAAACCGAGGAAGAAUGUUAAGGCCAUCACAUACCCCUGAGACACACACACACACACACACAAUGGUGUGGUGUGUGGAUUGCCCAUCCACUGUCGUCCUCAAUGGCUGACCGACCAUUGCCAGCCCUGCAGCCGUGACGAGGGCGAAGUUCUGGAUGCCCUGAUAGGGGCUGGCGACGCCGAUAGCGAAGGCCACGAGGUUGGUGAGGGUCGUGAUGGUGAUCGACACGCCUGACACACAUGACACACACACACACACACAUACAGAGGGAGAGAGUUGAGGUGUCUUCGUGUCGGUGUGUGUGUCGUUAUGUGUCUGGCGAGCUGACCGCAGUCUUCGAGUGCGAUAGCGCAUCUCUCCCGGGCAGAAGUGGCCUUGAAGGCCAGGCUGUACGAGUUCAUCAUCACAAACAUGUCAUCCACACCGAUUCCUACACACACACACACACACACUCUUCUCGCCCUUUUCUCUCUCCCACCGCGCCCGCCCGCCGCCCACCCACCCAUAACGAGAAACGGCGUUGCUUCUGCGGGCGGCACGUGCAUCAGCCCACACAAGUGACACAGCCCAGCACCGGCAAGAUAGCCCAGGCCAGCCGCCGCGCACCCACACAGUGCUGGGAUGGACUUGCACUUGGAGAGGUCGGUGGAGAAGCUGACCAUCGCGGCGUAGGCGAAGAUCAUGAGUCCGGCCAAACCCAACUUGAUCAGGUGACCCAUGUCGAGUGACGUGCUGGCCGCCAGCUCGUCGUCUGCACACACAUGAACGAUGGGAUGGUGGGCGGUGCGGUGUGGUGUGUGUGGGGAGGGAGGGACUCUCUGUCUGUCUAUCUGAGUCACUGACCGAUUGAGCGCGCUGCGUUGACGACUAUGGUGACGUCGGGGAUGUGCAGCUGGUGCGCCUUCUCGAUGAACCGCUCUUCCCACUGCAGACAGGCCUGCAGCUUCGACGGCUCGCCGGAGCAGCUGUACCGGAAUAACAGCGCUGCACAGACACACACACACGCGCACACACAUACACACACACACACACACACAGAGAGAGAGAGAGAGAGGUGCAUUUUCCAUCCAAAAGCGUGUGGGUAUGAGUGUGCAUACCUGUGGCAGCCUGAACGUAUUUCUCUCCCUGUGUGUUGGUGGCUGUGGUGAUAUUCUCCAUCAGCAUAUCGUCCUGCCACACCCGGAACAUCCCAUCGCGCCGCGACACAUGACGCGGGUACCGCAGCACAUACGGCGAACCGAACAUGCUGACACACACACACACAGAUGGAUGGAUGGAUGGACACCGCGGCACACCCAGACACCCACCUGUCGUCAUGAUACAUCUGCAAGACGUUCUCCAUCCCGCAGCGGCCGUCGCCGUCCUCCUGGCAGAUGUCCGCCCACACGAACUUCAGCCCCCGGCCAUCAUCGACCUUCAUGCUCCGGAGCUCCUCAUCGAGCGCUCUGAACCGCCGCAGGGCGUCCCUCUGGAGCAUGUUGGGCCGCCUGGCGGGGUCGCCGAUGGCCACGAGGUAGGACUGCCGGGGAGGGAGGGAGCCGAACGUUGCUAGGUACGUCGCACGGUUCUGAAAUACGGAUGGACAGAAAAAGCCGAUAGAUCUCUUUUCUCCCCCUUCUGUGUGGAGUCGCAUGUGGGUGUGGGUGGGUACUGUACCUGUGCUGAUUGUGUGUCGUGUCUUGCGUAUAGCGCCUCGGCCUCUGUCACAGGGUCGCGGGCGAGGAUAAAAUAAACCACACUGAAGCAGCACAGCAGCGGCACCAAAAUGAACUGCACCACACACACACAGCCACACACAGAGAGAGAAGGGAAACAGCUGAGCUGAUGCCCCUCCCUCCCCUCUGAUGCUUGAAUGCUCUCCACCCUCCCUCACCGGCCAUGGGCGGUCGUACACAAAAAGAGCAUAUCUUCGAAACCCCCGCUGCAGCCACUCCACAAGCCCCGCCUUCCACCGGCAAAUCGACCACCCCGCCAGCCCCCGGUGGCUCAUCGCGCCCAUCCCUCGCACCGCACUCCCUCCCGACCGACGUGUCACUCUCUCUCAGCCAGUCAGUCAGUCAGUCAGUCACCCAGCAGCGCCCGCACCGAAAGCAACCCCCGCACCCAUACACCGACACGCAGGCGGCAAGGCAGCCACCAAGACGAAAAAUGCCCUCUCACGCGAACACGCUGAGAGGGACAAUGAAUGCGAUGAUCUCGCCAGAUUUCUUGGAGGGAGGCACAGGGGGGUAGGCAGUGAUUCAGGGAAAACCUCGGGCGAGGAAAGAAGCCAGAAAAGGAG